AGUGUGCUGUUGAAAGAGAGAAAACGAAAAAACUAUAGUGAGUGAUGAUAGCCAAAAUCUAUUCAUAAAGAACGUUGCUGGGGGAGUAAUGAGGCAACUGGUUCACUGCUUUGUUGGUUGUUAUAAAUGCCGAAUGGCCACAUCGGCGUCACAAACAAUUUAACUUUUAGUUUUGAGUUUAUUGCCCGUCAACAAAACUAUUGAUUUGCAUAAUAGUCAACAGAUAUGAUAAUGGCGAUAUUCUGAUGUUUAGCAUUGUAUUCCUUAAUUCACACAUCCACACUCACAUAUCGAUGCUCAAAUCGAUCGGUUGAAUAUCGAGCCAGGAUGGAAUUUCAUCACUAUCAAAUCUCAAAUGACGAUGAUGGUGAUGGUGACUUUGGUGAUUUCCAAACUUGUGAAACUCCACAACAAACUACUACGAAUUUUAAAGAACCAGCUCACAUGAUAGCCAAUGUUUUCGAAUUUCCAUGGUUCGAAUUUCAAGCUUUUCGUCAACAAUUUGAGCAGCAAUUGAUCCAGAUAUUUGAAAGUAAGUCAUGUACAUCACCAUCUCAAGACUUUGCAACGACAAUCCAAUCACAAGAGGAUAUUAUCAACCACUGUCCCAUCUGGCUACAUCUAACAACCAAUUUCCGUAAUCGAGCAGCGUUGAAUUUCGGUCAAAGUUACACAUUCAAACGAUACCUGCAAUCACUCAAGUUGGAACAAACCGCUAAUCGAGGAAGCCGCAAUUUCAGUACGGAUAAUGAAGAUCUUCCUGCUAAUACUCGAAAACGGAAUACUGCCAGUGAUGAAGAGGACAUCGCUAAUGAUCUUGACAUGCAUUCUUUAAUCAUCAGUUCGUUUGGUGGUGCCGAUCAGCAGCCAGCAUCGUCAGAAAAUAGCAAACCAUCGAAACAAGAAUCAUCAGCCACUUUAGUUAUCGAUGCCGAUCAAGUAAUUAAAGAGAUCGAGUCCCUGUAUGCAUCCAAUCAAUCGACACCCAGCAAACGAUAUUCUAGUAAUGGUGGUCAAACCAAACAACGACAAUUAAAUAAGACCGAUCCUUUACUGUCACUCGAUGCAGCCACAUUAUUAGACGUAGCAUUGCGAAACUGGGAAUCCAACAACAAUCGCUUGUCUGCCGAUGAUUAUGGCGUGAAUCUUGAGACGUUCGAAUAUUGUCAUGAUGAUCAGGAAUUUCAUUCUUUGCCAGCCAACCUGAACAGUGAUAUGCUUGACCAAAUGGUAGUGUCAAGUCCGGUUUUAACGGCAACAGCUGACUAUAGUCAUGAUAAUUCAUCCAUGAAAAAAAUAACCACAUCCACUGGAGAAAAUCAACCCGAACUUGUAGAAAAGCUAAAUCAAUUGACGAUAAUUCAGCUGAAUGAGCUUUACAUGGAGUUGGAACAAAUCAUCCAGAUCCGUUCUGAAGUUCUCAUCCAAGAGUUGGCCUUACGUGAUGAACUCGAAUACGAAAAAGAGCAAAAAAACCAGUUCAUAUCGCUGUUACUUAGCGUUCAGAACAAACGUCGUCAUUACAUGACCGCGAUGGACAGGAAAACAACUGGUCAUCACCAUCAUCAUAAUCAUAGUAAAAGAAUAACCGCUGCUCACAAUGGCCGUUUGGUUCGCCAAAAUUCCAACGAUUCUAUACGGGCGACUACUAGUCGUUACAACCCAAAAACUGGAUUGCCUAAUGCAAAUUCCAGCUGGCUGCCUGCUGUCGUAGAUUUGUCAUCGUUGGGUAACAGCAUUAAGCAAUCAAUUUUACCAUCAAAUUCUUCGAAAUCGAGUCCUGUUUACCUGACCACGGUCAUACCAUACACCAGUUCGAUGAUUCCGAUCGAUUCGUCAACGUUAGAUAUUCUGAUCAAACUACUUAAGGCGCUGAACGAAGAUAGUCCGACUGUGCCGGCAUUAUUGACUGAUUACAUACUCAAGAAAAUCUGUCCAUGAUUAUCGCCACAACGAACAAUGGCAUAUCAUUUCUCAUUUGAAUUAUACAGAAUUUUGUUUAUAAUCUAUCUAUAUCUAUCUAUUUCAUUAUUAUCUUAAUAAAUUACAUUUAUUCAUU